AUGCUCGACGAACUAGACAUCGCACCCAAGCUCCUGACUAUCACCGGGGACAAUGCAGGCAAUAAUGGAACACUCUGUGAUAGCCUGCAUGACCAGCUCCUUAAGAAGUAUGACAAUGAUGAUGACCGCUUUCGCAUCAGACCUCUCAUGCGGUUCCGUGGACGGCAGAGCUUUAUUCCAUGCCUUGCCCACAUCCUCAACCUGAUUUGCAAAGAUGUGUUAGCCUCUUUAAAGGCUGGCUCGGCUCGGGAAGCAAAGGCGAUACUAGACGACAUGGCCAUCCAUGUUAGUCCAUCGUUCAACUCCCUUCAUAGCACGAAAGGAGCAAUUAUGAAAAUCAGGCUUCUGAAGCUAUGGAUUGCUCGAAGCCCACAACGCCGCCAAAAUUGGAAAGAAAUAUCUCCGAGCAAACAAGUCAGUUAUGAUGUUGACACCCGAUGGAACUCAACGUAUAUCAUGAUUCAAGAUGCCCUACGGCUGCAGACUGAGCUGGGGCAAUUCGUGCGAAUACAUCCAGAGGUUCAGGCCCUCCAGCUUACCGAUGGCGACUGGUCGACACUUCAGCAAGUAGCGAAGGUUCUCAAGCCGUUCUGGGACCAUACAAACUCUGUUUCAAAGACAUGCCCGACGAUUGUGGAAAGUCUUCCGAUUUACUGGAGCUUGGACGAUCUGUUGAAUGAUGUUCAAAACGCGGAGGGUGAUUUUGAAGACGUAAGCAUUGAAAUUCGCAAUGCGGUGGAGAGAGGCAUUCAGAAGAUGAACAAGUUCGCUAGAAAAAUGGACGACAAUCUUCUUUACUAUGUGGCUUCCGUAUUAGAUCCACGCAUCAAGUCAUCUUUGAUUGUGUCUCAAAUGAGCGAGCAAGAUUCGGCCCUUAUCGUUUCGCAAGUGCGGGAAUUCUUAAAGAAAGAAUACCCUCCAGAGCCAUUCGUCUCCCGUGAAGCUAACCAUACACGUCCACCGGGGAUGUCGGAAACUAUGUGGAGAGCUCUGUGCAAAGUCCAGCCAUCCAAAUAG